AUGACCGAAUCGUCUACAUAUUACGUGCAUCACAAUGAGCGCCAGGUCCUUAAUAACGAAAUUAGAGAUCAGAGUAAUGAUAGACAUGGGGACAGGACACCAGUUGAUCCAUACCCAACAGAUCCUUGGCGAAACGAAUCAUUGUGGCCUGUAAGAUUUGGAGAGCUGACCAAUAUUGGUAAAAGACAGCAUUAUGAACUAGGCAAGUGGCUUCGUAAGCGAUAUUCGAAUCUACUAUCCAAUGAGUUCGAUCCAAAGGAAGUAUAUGUUCGGUCCACAGACGUAGAUCGAACAUUAAUGUCGGCUCAAGCUAAUUUAGCAGGAAUGUUUCCACCCAUGGGUAAGACUGUAUGGGAUACUGAUUUGUUAUGGCAGCCUAUUCCAGUACAUACAAAGCCAGAAAAAGAUGAUGAAGUAAUAGCUAUGAAAAAGAAAUGCAUUGCAUACAACUAUGAAAAGGAGCGCUACUUUCAUUCUAAAGCCUAUAAGGACAGACUCAGUAAAUAUCAAAAUCUAAUGAACUACAUAGCAGCAUAUACUGGUAAAAAAAUUAAAGAUUACCAGGAUUUAGAAGACAUUUAUAAUAAUCUUUUUAUUGAAGAUUUGUAUAAUUUUACUUUGCCAAACUGGACCCAUUCUGUUUUUCCAGAUAAACUGAAGGAACCAUCUUGCUAUAGUGGACAUGAUUUCACAAUAGGCAAUAUUUUAUCUGCCAUGGGAUUUUUUGAUGGAAAUUGCCCACCAUACACUGCCACAAUUUUUUUGGAACUCAUAUAUGAUAACUCAACAGCUGCUUACUAUGUAAGGUUUUUGUAUAGAAACUCAACAGAGAUAGUGGAGCCAAACAUUUUAUUCAUCCCAUACUGUGGAAAAAGUUGUCCUAUUGAGAGAUUCAUUAAAUUAUAUGACAAUCUCAUAACAGUUAAUUGGGAAUAUGAAUGUGAGAAAAAAUUUACUUCUUUCAUUGGAGUGUCCUUACUGAUUGGUCUAGCUUUAUUUAUCUCAAUAUAUGUAGUUCAUCGAAUUCAUUUUGCGCGAAUUUAUAGACAACACAGGGUACUGACUAAUUAUAUUAAUAUAAACAACAUUACCAAAGAACCAAUCAACUGCAGUCAAUUG